GACAGACUUCCUUGUGUCAUGGACAGAUGGUCUCCCGUCAUGAGAGGGCUACCCUCCUUCAUAUCGCAGAGGAGUUGCGCUGCUAUAUUCUUAGCUUCCUUCCGUACAAUCAAGUCUUACGUUGUGCAUUGAUUUGCCGAACGAUGUACAUAACAGUGAAAAACUCUGUGGAUCUACAAUACGCUAUCGAACUUGGCGCCCAAGGAUUGGUGCAGGUUCAUCCAGCUACUGUCUCCACAGGGGAGUGCUUGCGCAUACUGAGAGAGAAGGCGAACGCGUGGAGUUCCUUCAAGCUCGAAGUGACGAAAAGUCUUCAUUUUGAUUGGCUACCUAAUUCCUUGUCCAUCACCCAUCGACAGCUUGGCCUUGCGGCUCAUUCCGCCGAGGUUAAGUGUGAUUUGAUUGACACCACGGCCUGCACAUCUAAGACGGCGAAUGAUCCUCCUUGCACUUGGCGCAAGGAUGAUCCAGCCCCUGGCGUAUCUCCUCGCAAUCAUUACGUAGAUGAGACGCAUGACCUUUGGGUGUCUGUCGACUCAUUGGAGACCCGCCCCCGACGCAACUCCAGAUUCCAAAUAAAUUUCCGCCAGUUAUCGACGGGCAAGGAACAUCUCUUGGCCAGUGGAUCCCAGCUGGUUACUGUGACCAGAGCCCCUAGCAAAAGACUCUCAUCACGGGUACGCGUGUAUCGCCGUGCGUUUAUCGAUGUCCUCGGAGACCGCCUUGCUCUCUAUGGUGAGGCGGUUGUGAAGGAUGGAUACGGAUACUGGUCGCUGCAUGUCUGGAAUUGGCAUGAAAGUGUUCAAGCUGAUGACAUAUGUGUGGUCGGCGAAGGUUACCAUGGUUUUGCCGAAAUCCGCUUUCUUACCAAAGAAAAGCUUUUAGCUUUCACAAGAGACGGCGAAAUAGAACUAUAUGACGUUGAGGACCUAUCAAAGGCACCGCGACUUCAGGCGAGAUUUAUCUUGCCCUAUAGUCAUCACCUUUACGAAAUUCAAUAUCCUCCGGUUCUUCACAGCGCCUCGAGUUGUGCACAUCUGGCGACACCCAAUAAUCAUUGGAUUUGGACCACAAACCCUGCAGAUCGAGUUUUAUGCCUAUCGAGUCCGGGUUCCGAUCCGCUUAUUGUUAUAACUGCUCGCCUGUUUUUCAUGAAUAUUCCUUCAUCAUGGUUUGAUGCGACCUCAGGAGACGGACUGUCUGUCCCUUGGUCAUCAUGGGGCCCACAGAACAGUCGCUUGUUCUCCGGGAGGAUACGUGGAGCGGGAGGAUCUCGCGUCAUAUCGUUUGCUCGCCAGGAUUAUUACGACGACGAGGACCCUACUAUUCUGGUGCAGAUGAUGGAUUUCAAUCCCUCCGCCGUGGCGCGCGGUAUCGGCAAGGUAGUUCGGGAGGCUACGACUUACCACCCAUUUCAUAAGGACGAUAUGUCAGUGACAACAUACCUUCCUUACGUCGAAGUAGUCAGCAGCCGUGUUCUUCACGACCGACCUCUCGCUUUCGCAUUGGACGAGGAACAGGUGGCGUUAUUAGAGCAGUCUGAUGAUCUUUUGGGUGCAAGGGUCAAGAUAAUCGGCCCACAGUCUACAUCACCAUGA